GCAUCUUUCAUUCAUUUACAGAUAACAAACCAUAUUAACUUCUUUCUCUAACAGUAAUUUUACGGUUCCUAGCCUGACGAAGACUCGGGGGAAAGUGUGACGUGAUGUCAUGUUUUGGUGGUGAUCCCAACUUCUGCCCAGAGUGUGGGAACGUCCUUCCUCUCCCAGGGAUACAGGACACUGUCCGCUGCCCCCGCUGCUCCUUCUGUAUCCCUGUAGCAGAGUUCUCAGGCCAGGAAAUACGCUCUACGGUCAUCUUUAACCCUGUGGAGCAGUCAUCAGUAGCUCUGGAGGAUGAGGAGGACUCAGAACUGAAGGGACCUGUGAUCGACAGACGCUGCUCUCGCUGUAAUAAAGAAGGGAUGAUUUACCACACUAGGCAGAUGAGAUCUGCAGACGAAGGCCAGACUGUCUUCUUCACCUGUAUACACUGCAGAUAUCAAGAGAAGGAGGACUCCUGAGAGGACAUUUCACUCAGCUUCUCCAUUCCUCUCCAUACAUCUGCUCUCCUGUUGGCCACUGUUGGUUUCAGAUAGUUGGAUACUUUCUCAACAAACAGAUUGUAAAUAUAAGUUAGAAUUAGAGCAAACAGCACCACCUUCAUCUCUGGUUUAUCUAAUGAAGCUGUGCAUUGCAGAACAUCUCAGUGACUGUCUGAAUUUACAGUUUGAAUAGCUUGACAAAAAUCUCAACUCACAUAACUCAA